AUGCGGUGUGACAUGAGCAUGCUCAGGAAGAUUGGAGACAAGUUGUUCUGUGACCCCAAGGUGGAAGAGUCCCACCGCUACCCCCGCCAAUAUGAACAUGACCGAGGGGCCUUCGCCACCGGCAGAGGCCGUGUUCGGCAACAGCACCUUCCUGCCUCGCAACCUGACCGAGGUGGCGGGCAAGGCGAAGCCCGAGGCCUCGAGCAGCUCCAUAUUGCCACCGAGGUCUUCCUCAUCCUGGGCAUCAUCAGCCUACUGGAGAACAUCCUGGUCAUCUCAGCCAUCAUCAAGAACAAGAACCUGCACUCGCCCAUGUACUUCUUCGUCUGCAGCUUGGCGGUGGCAGACAUGCUGGUGAGCGUCUCCAACGCCUGGGAGACCAUCGUCAUCUACCUGCUCAACAACCAGCAGUUGGUGGUGGAGGAGCACUUCAUCCGGCAGAUGGACAACGUCUUCGACUCCAUGAUCUGCAUCUCCGUGGUGGCCUCCAUGUGCAGCCUGCUGGCCAUCGCAGUGGACCGCUACGUCACUAUCUUCUAUGCCCUGCGCUACCACAACAUCAUGACGGUGCGGCGGGCGGCCUUCAUCAUCGGCGGGAUCUGGACCUUCUGCACAGGCUGCGGCAUCGUCUUUAUCAUCUACUCGGACACCACGGCGGUGGUCAUCUGCCUGGUGUCCAUGUUCUUCGCCAUGCUGGUGCUCAUGGCCUCGCUCUACAGCCACAUGUUUAUGAUGGCACGUUCCCACGUGAAGCGCAUCGCCGCCAUGCCCGGCUGUAACUCCAUCCACCAGCGCACCAGCAUGAAGGGCGCCAUCACCCUCACCAUCCUCCUGGGGAUCUUCAUCGUCUGCUGGGCGCCCUUCUUCCUCCACCUCAUCCUCAUGAUCUCCUGCCCCCGCAACCUCUACUGCGUCUGCUUCAUGUCCCACUUUAACAUGUACCUCAUCCUCAUCAUGUGCAACUCCGUCAUCGACCCACUCAUCUACGCCUUCCGCAGCCAGGAGAUGAGGAAGACCUUCAAGGAGAUUAUCUUCUGCUACAGCCUGCGUAACGUCUGCGGACUCUCCAGCAAGUAUUAG